CUCCCAAACGCCCAUUCUCAACUGCACAGCCGCGCUGCGCAGUUCUUACUUUAUCUCAAAUCAAUUGCCCAGAGUAAUAGUACAUAAUGGCAGACCCAACCAUCCAGGACCCCCUUCUGGCCCUCCGCCGCGCCAUCGCCGUCAGCAGUCUCCCAUCGCCAACAACCUCCCCCGACCCAUCUGAAGAAGAACAGUCCAAGCACACCACCGAAGACCUAGCAACAGCAACACACCUCUACUUUCGCCAGCCAACCGCGCAGGCCCUACCGUUGACAUCCGCGACGCGCUUCGUCUCUGCCUCCUCGGACUCCGUUGUCGACUUACGCAGUAUUUUCUUCGCAUGGCAGAAAAAGGACGUCGCGAUCCCGGAGUACAUUGCGUCUGCGCAGGAACUCAAUGAAGCAUUGAAGCAGAAGCAAGGUGCUGGUGAGGGGGGUGAGGCGCAGGUGCAGAAUCUGGUUUUCGUUGAGCGGCUCGAUCUGAUUACCUGGCUUGAGGGCGCGUCAGAUGAUAGUGAAUAUAUCAAGCCACUAGAAGGGGCUGCUGCUGCUGCUGCGGCCGCGGCAGCAACCUCAGCGCAUGCCAAGGCACAGGCGUCAGCAUCUGCUGAUAUUGCCUCGGGAGCGGCUGGAGGUGUCUCGUCGGUUCCUAGUGGUGGUGCUGGGGCAUCUGCUCAGGUGCCUGCGGCUGCUGGUGCGCAGGGAGGGAGAGCGUCGAAGCAGAUUGAUCCUCGGUUGCAGGAGAUUUACAAUGGGGAGCGGAAGAUGGGUGACCGGAAUAGUGUGUUGCGGGGGAUUAAGCCUACGGACUUCUCACACGUCCGCAAAACCGCCGAAACCUUCCUUGGCCGCAACCGCAGACCAGCCCCAGGAACCAGCACCAAGCCUCCCCCCGGCAACAAAACACCCCUCCUCCCGAACCCCUCCUCGGGCCUCUCCCUGCCCAAGAAACACAGCACCCACACAGACCCCAUUAUCCUCCUCUCCCCCUCCGCUUCUUCCUUAAUUCGCAUGACAAACGUCAAAUCCUUCCUCCAGGACGGCGUGUUCAUCCCCCCGGACCACCCAACCCUUUCCAUGUCCACAUCCCCCAACAUCCUCGAAAUCCAGCGCCCGCUGCGCACAACAAACUCCUCUGACCCAUCCCGUACCUCUUCCACUUCUUCGUCCUCCAGUUCCUCCAAGAUCAAAUUCAAACUAGUCGACAGCACGGCCAACUUCCGCCCAGAAUACUGGAACCGUCUCGUCGCUGUCUUCACUACGGGCCAGACCUGGCAAUUCAAGUCGUACAAGUGGUCGUCGCCACCUGAGCUGUUCAAACACGCGACAGGUGUUUAUGUUGGUUGGAGGGGGGAGGAGCCGCCCCGUGAGGUGAAAGGAUGGGGACGCGGCGUUGAGCGGUUUGCGGUUGAGCGGUGGGAUGAGAAGGGUGGUGUGAAUGGGGCUGGGAGGUGGAGGGAUCGUGAGAUUGUGGAGGGGAUUUGGACGGCUAUUGAGGAGGGAAUGAAAUUGAGGGGGUGGGGCGGGAAGUAGCUACCCUCGUUCCUUGGGAUUUGAUUGAUUUCGGUAUUUCUUGUUCGUUGAGGCGGUGUUUGGCGUUGACUUAAUCAUCUACCCUGGUUAUGGCAGUAAAUAGUAGCAUAGUAUGUUUACAAUACAGCAAACAACAGAACAAGCAUAAUCAUAGUCAUAGAAGCGUAUAGUUCAUUCAUUGCCAUCUGGCCAAGCCAUAAAAAAGCCGUCCGAAUCCAUAAACCCGGGACAGUCAUCAAGUCAAAUAAAACAAGCGAGAAAAGAAAAGAACACUACAAUCACAAGCAACAUCAAGUUGAAAAGACUGCAGCCACCAAGCCCGAUUUCCUGAGCUUUGAAUCUCAAUCAAUUCCCAUAAAUCAAUCCCACUGUGACCUUUUCCAACCGCUCACGCCGGUGACGCCGUUCA